AUGGAGAAAUAUCCAGAUAUUGCGAAAGGUAUUUGCAACAAGGCACGCUCUAGACCAACGUGGGAGAAAAUUGCGGUGGAGCUAAAUAGUUUAGGUCCACCAAUAAAGACGUGGGACAAGUGGGUAAAGCUAAAACAAAAAAAAAUUGCCGCAAACACAGCGCAAUUCAAGUUAACCGGGGGUGGUCCCAGCUUGGUUCAAACGCUUAGUCCAAUGGAGGAAGCCAUUGAUAAUUUGGUGGAUCUAAAUCAGUCCACUGAUCCCAAGGGCUUUGAGUUGGGGCUGCCAAAUGAAGUUAAUAAUUUCGAAAUUGUGGAAGAGCAAAAUGCGGAAAAUGGUGGUGCAGAAAGUGAAGAUGAAGUUUAUCUGCCACCAACGAGUAAAAAACGAAAAAAGGUAGCCUCUAACCAGACAAGACUAGAGCUACUAAAGGCACAAACAAAUGCCCAGGAACUAUUUUAUAAAGAUGUCUCUAGGCGACUAGAAAGUACUGAAAAUCUUUUAAAAAAUUAA